GUUUUCCAGCUGUCAGAAGCCCAGCCCCCACGCCGGCUGGCUAUUUUUAUUCAAUUUGCACAUCCACCCCUUGGAUUCUGCAUAUUUCUCAAUCGCCUCCUAGUUAUCUGUCUCUCCAUUCCGGAGGAUGACGAUAGUACCCCCCGCAGGAAGUACGUCGAUCUCCCUUAGAUUCGUCGACGGCGAAGGGUAAUGAGGUCAUUUCGGCCGCCGGGUUGCCGCUGUGAAUGAAUGAGUGCAAGCGGGUAUUUUUGUAGUAUAGCCGCAACACAAAGGGUUAAGUGUUUGGCUGAGUAUCUCUAUAUGUUUUGGCGUACGUAGGCUUUGCCAUCCCUGCACCCUUGCCUUCCCUUCCCUUACCUUCGGUACUACUUGCAGUUUCUCUUCAUCAGCUUUUAUUCUUUAAUCCGUGGAGGCUUGAUUAUACUUGAAAAUGGAUUACUGGAAAUCCAAGGUUCUUCCCAAAAUCAAGAAGUUUUUUGAUAAGAACGGUUCUAAGAAGGCUGCUGCUUCUGAAGCUUGCAAGUCCUUCGAUGAUUCUAAGGAGGAGAUCAACAAGGAAUUUGAAGAGAAGAAGACUGAGCUUCAACCAAAAGUCAUUGAAAUCUAUGAAGCUUCAUCAGUUGAAAUAAAGAGCUUGGUGAAGGAGAGGAAGCAAGCAGGAAUCAAGAAGCACUCCUCUGCAGUUCAAAAGUUCUUAGAGGAGCUUACUAAAAUCGGGUUUCCGGGAUCAAAACCAGCGAGCGAAGCGUCUUCAAAAUACGGGCCGGCGUCGGUUUCGGGCCCCGUUUCCUUUGUGUUCGAGAAGGUCUCAACUUUCAUAGUGGAGCCACCUCCGGCCACGGCGGCGGCGGCGGCGGCCGGAGAAGAAACAACUGGCAAGAAAGAGGCCACGACGGCGGAGGAGAUCGUUGCCGGGGAAGGGAAAGAGAAAGAGCCUGAGAAGACGGAAGCAGCAGUGGCGGAGGAAUUGGCAAAAGCAGAUGAGACUGAACCUCCGAAGCCUUGACCUGAAGGGGAACUAUUGAUCACCAGCGAAACCUUCUGUGUAAAAAAAGUAUGAAAGAAAACGAUGAUUUGCCAUUAAUUCUUUAUUUAAUAUGUGUAUUUUAUGCUUGUAAUCUCCUAGCUAGGAUUUGUUCUUUGAUUUUCAGAACUUGCGCUGUCAUGUAGUGAAAGCCUUGUGAAAUUUGUUACGUUUACUGCUCUGGGUUUGAUUUUA